AUAGCCAACUCGAGAGGUAUGGAUUAAUAACCUCUUCAUUGGAAAGGGAGCAACUUCGUCCAUUUCUGUGAAACGAAGCUUCUUAGCAGGUACAGCUACUCGUAGGCCGAUGAUCCAAAGGUGAUUCAUGAUUGAGUCCACUCAGUUGCAACUCGUUUUUUUUCCUCAAUCGGACGGUAAACCGGUUUGUUUGAUUAGUCUGCGGACUAUUGAAGAAUUGUUUCUGGAAAAAUGCCGUGUCAUGAGACGCAAUCAUGGACGUUUAGCGGGCUAGUGGGUGCAUUUCUUGAUCUCUUCAUUGUGUAUCUUCUCCUUUGUGCAUCAACUCUCGCUUAUUCUGCCUCAAAAUUUCUGGGUCUAUUUGGAUUGUCUCUGCCAUGCUCUUGCAAUGGAAUUUUUGAUGACCCCAAUAGUGAUAACUUCUGGCAAACAGCGCUUGUAGAUUGCCCAUCAGAAACAAUAUCCUCUGUUCAAUUCUCUGUUAAGAGCAAGUUCCCUUUUGAUUCAUCAUGGGACAGAAACCUGUAUCUGACAAAUUCUGAAGAUAGAUUUUUUGGAUUAGACGAAGAAGCAUCGACUAGCUCAUUGCAGGAGAAGAAUGAAGUGUUUGUUGGGAGUGCCGUGAUGCAAGCAAGGGAUGACAAAGAAGAGAGUUUUGAUAUCAAGGGGAAGGGGAAGGGGCGUUUGAGUCACAAGAUUAGACAUGAUCUUAGGCGUUGUGCUACUGACGCUGGGAGGUCAUCUUCUGUUUCAUCAUAUAAUCCUUUUAAGUGGGAUGCACAAACUCUUCAUCAGUCUCCUGCCAGUGUCAGUAAAAUUGUGAAUGCGAGUAAUGAAGGCAGCAUGGUUCCUGAUAGUUCUGAUGGUAAUGCCAUGAAGAGAUCUUUUUCUAGUAUGAAUUGGCAAUUUGAUGGCAGAGACUCUUCAAUGGAAUUUGGUUUGUUGGGGAGGGAGUCCCCUGAUUUUGAAUCAAAUGAACCUGCAAAUGAAAAGAAACCAACAGAGAAGGUAGCAUCACCUGAAAGUGAUUUGAAGCUUAAUGCAAAAGAGGAGCUUCACUUUGGUCCCUAUGAAAAAAAUGCAAUUAGAGUCUUGGAACAAGCACUAGAAGCAGAGCAUUCAGCUCGUGAUGCUUUGUACCUUGAACUUGAGAAAGAAAGGAGUGCUGCUGCUACUGCUGCAGAAGAGGCCCUGGCAAUGAUUCUGCGGCUACAAGAGGAGAAGGCAUCAAUAGAAAUGGAAGCUAGGCAAUAUCAAAGGAUGAUAGAGGCAAAAUCUGCCUAUGAUUUUGAAGAAAUGAACAUUGUUAAAGAGAUUCUACUAAGAGGGGAAAGGGAAAAGCAUUUCUUACAGAAGGAAGUUGAAGCCUACAGGCAAAUGAUGUUUGGAAGUGAGCAUCUGCAUUAUGAUGCACAAGACACUGGAACCUCACGUGGGAAAAGGGCUUCUACAAUGCAAUAUUCAGAUGAGGAUUCCUUGCGGAUGCCGCAGAAGAUUGGUGAAUGCAUUUGUGAGAAGGAAAAUGUUUAUCAUAUUCUGGCUUUAGGGGAGGAAUUACCAAUCCCAAUGUUAAAUGAAGUAUUUCCUCAGGAAAAAGAGAUCCAAUUUCAAUUUGACCUGUCAACUGCAGAAGGAUAUGAGAAAACUGUUGUCCCUGUUGGGGAAGUGCAGCAACAAAGUGAUGUCAUUAGUACAAGUGGAACAUUGGCAUCAGAGAUAAUUCAGACUUGUGAUGAAACUGAGCAUAUUAUUCCAUACAAUUCUGAUGAUUCAAAGAUGCAUGACCAAGAUCCGUGCAACGCAAUGUUAAACAUGGAUUCUCAUAUUCAUGAUGUUCACACGAUUGAUGAUAAAUUUAAUACGUGUGGUGAAGUCAGAGGGACUGGAAGUGAAGAAAUGUCUGUAAAAACUACCAUAGACAUCCCAAAAUCAUGUGAUAGUCCAGCAAUUAGCAGUUCACAAACUGAGCAGGACACCAGCAAAAGUUGCUCAGGCAUAACUAGCGGACUGCCAUCUGUGGAUUGCUCACUAAGAAAACCCUUGGCUUCUGCUUUUCGGAGAAAUUCCAUGUCUGCAGUUGAUUACGAGAGGUUAAAAAUUGACACUGAAGUUGGAAGGCUAUGGGAAAGGCUAAGGGUUGUACAAGAGGGCAGAGGAAAGCUCAACUUAACUAUGGAGUAUAGAGAAAAAGAAACAAUUCAGUUGCAACUUUUGGAGAAAAUUGUGAGCCAACUUCGAGAGAUUCAACAAUUAAGGGAGUCUGCUCGCCAGGUUUCAUUGCCUCCUCCAUCCUGCCAGAUUAUGUCAAAGAAAAGGCGCUGGCAGAGUAUUUCUUUAGAAGUGCAUAAAAGCACUUGAACAAUUUGCUUUAUCGUUGAACAUAGUGAAGAACUUGGGCUUAUAUGCAAGAGGUAACCGUAAUGUGGAGCAGUUGCAUUGUUCUUACUGUAGAGAUGCAGUUUUGCAUCCCUAUCAGCCUUGUAGCCGCCAUUUGAGAAGUUGCAUGUAUUUUUAAGUAAAUUUCUGCAACAAAAUACACUUUUGUUUCCUCUCUUGGGAUUGCAGUUGAAUAAAGAUGAAUGGCUUCGAGUCUUUUGUUUGA